GGCUUGUGUCCUCCUCCUUUUCUCUACACUGUCCAGUUCCCGAGUCUCAGCGUGUCUGCUGGGGAACUAAGAUGGCUGUUUAAACCAAACGGAAUCCAGUCUAUAUUUCGGGAAUGCGGAGUUACACGGGCAGAUCUAUCCGUAAGCCUGCUUUUGGUGGUUGUGGGACUUGAUCGCGUGGUGUUUGCUCUUUAUCUUCUUCUUCCUUAGCCGUGCAGAGAAGAAGCGAUGGACCUGCACAUUCUGGAUCAUAGAGUGAGAGUGACCAGCAUCAGCAGAGGAGGGCUGCAGCAUUACACCCACCCCCUGAUCAAACUCAUAUUCCUGCGGAACAGAACCAGAUGCAAGUUCUUCAGUCUGACAGAAACGCCAGAAAAUUACACCGUCGUCCUCGACGAGGAAGGGUUUAAAGAUCUUCCCCCCUCUGAGCACCUGCAGGUGGAAUGUUCCACUUGGCUGCCUCUCAACGUCGUCUCCAAUGGCAACGCCUCCAGCAGCUCUCAAGCCGUGGGGGUCACCAAGAUCGCCAAGUCCGUCAUCGCCCCUCUGGCCGAGCAGCACGUGUCCGUCUUCAUGCUCUCCACGUAUCAGACGGAUUUCAUCCUGGUGCGAGAGAAAGACCUAUCGGUGGUGAUCCACACCCUGGCUGAGGAGUUUAACAUCUUCCAGGAGGUGGAUGGUGAGUCGCUGCCGGUGCACAGCCAGGAUGUGAAUAACGGCCUACAGGGGAACGGCAGAGAGGUUCCUGGUUCUACAUUACACCCGGUAUUGAUUCCAAAGAACCAGUUCUGCGUGAUGAGUUUGGAUCCUAACACGCUUCCGGGCAUCGCCACUACUCUCAUCGACGUCCUCUUCUACUCUAACAGUCCUAAAGAAGAUGCCAGUGUCGCUGAUCUGGAGUGCAAGUUUUUUUCCUUCUCUCUGAUCGAUGGCUACGUCUCCCUAGUGAUGGACGCAGAAGCACAGCGAAAAUUCCCAGCAGAUCUCCUCUUCACCAGUUCGUCCGGCGAGCUCUGGAGGAUGGUCCGGAUCGGUGGCCAGCCCCUCGGUUUCGAUGAGUGUGGGAUCGUAGCGCAGAUCUCUCAGCCCCUUGCAGACUGUGAUAUAUCAGCUUAUUAUAUCAGUACGUUCAGUUUCGACCAUGCCCUGGUGCCUGAAGAGGACAUAAUGAGGGUUACAGACAUGCUUCAGGAACAGAGGAAAGGCGCCGGAUGCUGACACAAUCCUCGGUGCUUACACUACAGCCGGAACAGCGUUAACACAGACAGUGUUGCAGUGACCACUGGAAGUGUUUUGAUGAUGUUUAUAAGCUACGAUUGGCUCAAGGUCCAGUCACGAAUCAGGCGAAGUCCUUUUUUUUUUUUUUUUUUGAUCAUAAAGCUGGCAUACUAAUUGCACAUAAAAGUAGCUUUUACAUCGUAGAAUUGUGUCUCUGACCAAAUGAAUUGUAAUAGCGUAUGCUCUUACAACGGCACCACAGAUUUUCGGAGAUGUUGAAGAUCUUCAUUAUUUUGGGGCCGUUUUUUGGUUGCAGGUUAUCAGUUUUUUUGUUUGUUUUUUUUAAUGGAAGCCCAUUUCUGCCAGGUGGGGAAAUAUAUAUAAUAUUAUUAUUAUUAUUAUUAAUAUUAUUAUUAAUAAUUUAAUUUUUUUUGGCAGCAUAAGAAGCAGUUUCUCAAUUUUUUUUCUUCACUCAUUAUUCCAAAAUUCUGACUGUGUCAGAGAUAACGUUGACCAAUCUCACAUUUCCGAUGUAUUACAUCACAUUUUGUUAAUCAUUUUUCUAUUUAAUUUUGAAAUAACAAUCAUGAAAAUAUAUAUAUUUUUAAAAAAUAGAAUUUAAAUUGAUUUAACCUUUAAUUCUUGCUUAUUUUCCUCAAUUUUUUUUCCAAGAUUUUCUAUAUUUUGAAUUCUCGUCAAAAAGUCAGAAAAUACCAUAUAAUUUAAACUAACUAACAGCAUUCAAAGAAGUAAAAAAAAAAAAAAGGCGUUAUCUUGUCUCAUUAUAUUUUAUCCAUUAUUUAAUAGAGCUAGUUGAGACCAUAAACCACAAAAAAAAAUUCAGAGAUAAUGAAUCUCAAAUCGUCAAAAAUACACGCUAACACGUCGGGAUUUCAACAUGCUACUGUUGCCAAAAAAAUGAUAAUAUUAGAUAAAUAAAUAAAGAAUAAAUAAAUUGAUUUUUUUUUUUUUUAGACCUGGCAUAAGUGGGACUCGAAAUAAUCUAUGGAUCAGAAAAGGUUUUUUUUUUUUUUUUUUUCUUUUUCCUUCGCUCUCAUGGUAACACUAUCAGUGUUAGAUAUUUUUUCAGUAUUGUUAUUAACAACUACUCCACAUUCGAUUUGAGAUGUAGCGUGAAAACUGUGCGGAUUUCUGUCCGAUGGCCCAUUUUUUUCCGUUAAAGAAAAGAAAAGAAACUUAGUUACUGAAAAGGUUUUUUGCUCGAAAUGAGCGUCACAAACAUGCCUUUGUUAAUAUAUCCAAACGUAUGUCACAAUCUGGUUUUUCUUCCUAAUACUAGUGAAUAUUUCAUUCACGUCUGAUUAUCAGCAUCAUUUAGGAAAGAAGGGAAGUCCAGUUUUGGACUUCUUCACUUGUGAUGGACUUUUCACCUUCCUGUUGAGACGGUAGCACUAGAGCUGUGAAGCUACAUGUGACUUUCACGGUGUUCAAUCCCAUCUUAUUAAAACAUCACAAAACGUCUUUUCUUUUCCUUUUUAUUUCCUACCACGAGCUUUGUCGCAUUAAUGGACUCGGUAUAUAAAAUGCACAUAUACAAAUGGUUAAGCUAAUGAACCAUAACAAAGCACACUAGACUAAACAAUUCAUAUCUGUACAAUUGCUAUUGGGUUAGUGAAUUUCUAAAAUGUUUAAAUAAGUCCAAAAUGCACUGAUAAAGCUGUUUGUUUCACAGUCGGGACGGUUUUUGGCGUUCCACUCCGUUUUAAUGCAUCAUUCUGGAUGUGUAUUAUAAUAAACCUUUGAUUGAAUUAA